AUGAGCAUGUGGGUGGAUCUGCAGAAAAGAAUCAUCGGAGGUAAAAAGUGUGAAGACACUGAGCGCCUGGACCAUGUGAAAUUGGUAGAUGUAAACAAUAACUUUGUGUGUGGAGGUUCUUUGAUCAGCAACCAGUGGAUUCUGACUGCAGCACACUGCUAUGAACAGGGUCUGAAAGCAGUUGUAGGUGUGCAUCCAGGUCCAGGAACACCAGAGGAAAUCACAGACCAUGUGAUCUAUAGGAGUUACAAAAUCUUUAAAAAUGACAUCAUGCUGCUGAAGCUACGUAACCCUGUUGACCUUGAUUCUACUGGCAUUACACCUGUACGUCUUCCUGACUGUAGAAACAAACCGGAUGUAGGGGAUGAAGUGCAGAGAGCAGGUCAUGCAGCCACAGCUCCGGACGCUGAUGGUAAAAAAGUGUGUGGCGAAUCAGCUGAUUUGCAGUGUAUUAAGGCUGGUGUUGUUGACUGUGACCACAACAGAGGCUGUUGGCCAACAUUCUUCCAUAAACACACAUUCUGCACCGAAGGAGUUGGAGUUGAUACAUGUCCAGGUGACUCUGGUGGAGGAGUGCUUUUCCAUGACAUGAUUUAUGGUGUCCAUGUUGCCUCUGGUGAAUAUGCCUGUACUAUACCAAUGGUUAGUAUGGACGUCUGCCACUACAAAGAAUGGAUCCAUCAGAAAACAGGACUGCCUUUUCCAUAAUAAUGCCAUGUUUUGGAUGUGGUUAACUGGGAAAUGUCCUGCCAUCUAAUUUCAAUUGAUGGAUUUAAAUAUUCUACUAUUUGUUUAUCCCUUUAAGAUCAACAAUAAUUUUCAAACUUGUAAAUUGAUUUUGCAUGUUGUUACACAGACAUAUUGUAAAAUGACAAAGGGACUAAAAAUAACAACCUGCUGUUCUUUCCACAAUAAUCCCUAUUCUUAUGCAUGGUUGUCAUU